AUGGGACUGCUAACCAAGGUCACCGACACGCUGGGCAAGCGUCCUGCCUACUCUACUGCGGCUGGUGGGUUGGUGCUUGCCGGCGGAAUCUGGCUUUUUGUCAAAUACUCAAGUCGUCCUCAACCGACAGCCGCUGUCGCGGAUAUCAUGCACCAAAUCAGCGACUCUCAAGACACGCAGCUUCAACAGCAGAUCCACAUUGUCGAGCGCAAGGACCCAAUUACAGGCAAAAUCCUGCCAUCUCAGGAAAGAGUCGAAGCGCGCGCCUUUCCCAACCAGCGUCUGCGAGCCACUUUCGGCGUGCACAACAUCUUCACCAGCACUGAUGUGAAAUACAACACUGGCUUCCGGAAGGAUGCGGUUCAGAAAAUGCAAGACGCCAUGUCCUACGAUCCCGGCACCCGUGAUGUCGACUGGUCUCAGCUGAUUCUCUUCAUUCACGAGGCUGUGGAGAAGAAACUGUCCUUGAAUCACACAAGAAGGCCUCUCGGCAUUCGUGAAGACCACCGUCCCGACGAAAUUCCACUUGCCGAACUUGCACAAUUCGUCACACUCGAAGUGUCACUGCGAUAUCUGUUUCCUGAGUCUGCAUUCGACUACUCCGAGCCCGCCACCGUUACCACACUUGCCAAGAAGAUUAACGACCUCUGGUUGCAGUCCAAGUCUGAGCAUUUGCCUCUCUGGAAAGAUCAAACCGACGUGCACGAGCUCCUGCAAGAUAUCACUAGCCAAGAUCCCCUCGAUCCGAAAGAGAAUCCGAUGAACUUCAUCCUGCCAGCCUACGAGACUAUGUGGCGUGUCGUGUUCCGCGGCUUGCUUGAGAUCAAUCUGCGCAGAGAAACGGACGAUGCUGAGAUGGGGGGUGGAAAGCCUUACUUCACAGUCGACGUUAUCAAAGAGGUCUUCCGACUGUAUCCGCCAACACGUCGCAUCUAUCGUCAGUAUCCAGAACCAACUGGACGCAAGCAAGCAGAUCUCGAGCAAAUGCAUCGCAACAUCAAUCUUGGCGGGUGUGAUCCUGAAGCAUUUCGACCACAACGCUGGGUGGAGUUGAAGCAGGCGGUCGCUGCACACAAGGAGUCCACCAAGACACCUGUCAAGCUCAAGAACGUCGAGGAGGGGUUCGGAUUCAUGCCCUUUGCCAAGGUCUGUCCGGCAGACCAGAAAGAGACUCGGGCUUUUGGGUGGGAGAUGGUCGCGCUGCUGAUUACUGGGAUUAUUGAGGGGCUGGAUGAAUUUGGAGAAGGAUUUGCGCUGCGGAUGGAUGAUGAGGAUGACAUGCUACCCGCGAUUGGGACAGCGCUGAAGUCGGGACGUGAGGACUACCUGUCUUUGAAGUACUGUCGCGUCAAUCCAACGGCAGUGUGA